AUGGCGAACCGCAUGUCCAUGUACUCGCUGGCCUCGGAAGGCCCGCGCGGCGCUGCUCAGCAGUCGUCCCAAGUCUCGACGACUACCCUCCUCAACGCCAUCCACAACAUUUACCUGUCCUCCUCGCCGUAUCAUCUCGAUGCCGGCUCCAGCCUCGUCGUCAACACGUGGCUGACCGCGAACCAGCCCGGUACAGAAGGCCAGCCGGGCGGCACUGUCGACGCCGCCCUCGCCACGCGUGCCUGGGAGCAUGCCCGUCGCCGUGCUGAGGACGGCUGCAUCAUCCUCGGCUCUCUCCACUCAUCCGCGCCGUCGGUGCUGAACCCUUUCCUCGCCUCGCUGCCGCUGGACAUUCCCUCCUCUCUCUUCAAGUCCCUCGAAGCCAUCCGGCCCUUCCUUCGCUGCGUCACCCCGUACAACCCGUCGACACCGCUGCAGACGGCCCUCGGUGUUACGCUGACCCUGAACCUUGCCGGCAGCCUGACGGCCGGCUCGAUCGCGCUGUCCCAGGGUGGCAUCGACACUCUGCGGGGCCUGCUCAAGGUUCCCUCGGAGAAGGGCCACCGUGCUUUUGACGUCUUCUACUACCUCCUCACCUCUAUAUCCACCCCUGCCGAGCGCGAGUUCCUUGGCCUCAAGUCGGCCGCGGACUACAAACUUCUGUCUCGCUCCGGCACCUACGACCCUCCAUCCUACCUCCCUACCGCCGAUGAUGCUGCUGCUGCGGACGACUUCCGCGCUGCCCUCAAGGAGAUUGGUAUCAAGGGCUCUGCCCACCGUAAUCUCAUUUCGAUUCUUGCUGGCCUGCUGAAACUCGGCAACACCCUUGACUACGAUGUCGACGAGGAGAUUUUGGAGGAGGUCUGCGACGAUGUUAGCGGCCUUCUCGGCGUGGAACCCGAGAUCCUGGCCCGCGGAUGUUCUACGGAGGGCCGCAGCAUCUUCAUUGGUGGGCUGUACGAGGCCCUGGUAGACUGGGUGAUUUCCAAAGCGAAUGCCGCUAUUGCUGCCCAGAUGGCUCGUAUCCGUGAUGGCGACGAGUCCGUCGAGGGCGGCCAUGGCGCUCGAACCCCAACCUCCAACGAAGAUAACGGUGAUACUGUCUGCCUGACCAUUCUUGAGAUUCCCGACCCCGUUCUCGGCAAGGCUCUGUCGCUCCGCGGUAUCUUUGACGAUACUCUGGGCAUCAACGCAGAGAUGAAGCAGGAUGGCGUCGAUGUAGCCGCUGCCGGCACGUCUGUGCUCCGCGAGAUGGAGAACGCAGUCAACGACGUUGCCCCUGAUCUGGGUAUCAUGACCGGCCCAGCCGGCCGUGAGCGUACACACAUCCUCGAGAAGCGGGAGGAGCUGCUCGAGAAGAUUGUCCUGUCUGCGGACUCGGACGGCUUCCUCAAGACCCUCCUGAUGCCCGAGGAGGGCCAGGGCAUCAAUUUGGGUCGUGCUGGUCGUCUUGAUCUGGCCACCGUUCUCGGCAGCAGCCGUGUGUGGUACCACCUCUCCAUCCACCCCACGGAUGAGUCCCCGGCCAGUCUGGCUGCUCUUCCGUCCGUCAACUCGGCCUGGUCUGCCGGUACAGUCUCGCGUCAACUUCGCGCCUGGCGCCUGCCUGAAUGGGCCAACCGCCGUAACAAACAUCUGGACUUCACGGCCGACUUUGACCAUGAUGAGUUCAUUCAGCGGUACGCUUCUCUUGGCUGCCGAGACGGUCGUGAUGGCAUUGAGAGCUGGGUGCUCGAGCGUGGCUGGAGCAAUGGCGAGGUCGUUGUUGGCACCGAGCGCAUUUGGAUGCGUGAGAAUGCAUGGUGGGAAGCCGAGAGCAUGCUGGACCUCAAGCCCGAAGGCGGCAUGGGCAUGCCUAACAUGACCCCUGGCAUGACCUCGAUGAACCUGCCCCAAGGCAUGGAGUCUGGCUAUUCUGCCAAUGGUAGCGGCUACUUCCAGCAGCCAAUGAUGGGCGACGGCACCUCCAACGGCAGCCAGGAUCAGCUUCUGGUUCACCAGCACCAACGCAAUGCCAGCCAGGGCGCCCUGUCUGUCGGCCCCUCGCCGCUGGGUCCUGGCGGCGUGGCUGGUAUGGGCGUUGUGGGCGGCAUGGCCAUGGGCACUGGCAUGGCUCCGUCCGUCAUGGGAUCUAGUAUCACGGGCGGCACACACCACGCUGCCGCACGUGAGCGUGCCAUGAAGGGUGACUAUGGUCUUGGUCUUAAGGGUGACGACAUGCGUGGCCAGCUCUACUACAACGACGAGGGUGAGUUCAUCGGCCUCGACCCCGAGCUGGCCAACGGCAAGACCAUUACCUCACAACCCAUCACGACGAGCCGUCGCGUGUGGGUGGCCUUUGUGUGGGCUCUCACUUUCUGGAUUCCCUCGCCCCUGCUUCGCUACGUCGGCCGCAUGAAGCGUCCUGAUGUCCGCAUGGCAUGGCGGGAGAAAGUUGUUCUCUGUAUGCUGAUUUUCCUGCUCAACGCUAUUCUUGUUUUCUGGAUUGUCGCGUUUGGCCGCCUUCUCUGCCCCAACUACGACAAAGCAUGGACGGCCACCGAGCUCAGCUCUCACCAAGGCGACAACGAUUUCUGGGUUGCCAUCCACGGCAAAGUCUACGAUAUCUCCAAGUUCUGGAAGGUCCAGCACAGUGAUAUCGUCGGUCGCGAUGUCUCGGUGACGAACAUGCAGCCCCUGGCUGGCCUCGUUCUUGACCCGUACUUCGCGCCUCCUUUGGUUCUCUCUUGUCCGGGUCUCGUCACUGACAAGACGCUUGCGUUGUCGUUCAACACCACCCUCAACGUCCCUGACGCGGAGCACACCUCCGGCCAGCUGCAGCCCGUUACCGGCAGCAACCUGCACAACGCCGACUGGUACACUGCGACCUUUGAGCCCAAGAUCAAGGCCUUUUACCACGGCGAUCUGGUUUGGUCCAAGGGUGACAUUCAGAGCCAGGGCGAGAACAAUAACUACCAAUGGGUAAUUUACGAAGGCAGCGUCUACGACCUAAGCAAUUACUUCUACACGCUGAAGCUUAUGAACAACCUGGCGCAGUACAGGUUCUUGAACAGCGACCUCACUGAUGCUGUCAAGAACGCCCCUGGUACUGACAUUACGGAGACUUGGAACAACCUCAUUAACUCGGCAGCCAAUAACAACACGGCCAAGGCCAACAUUGCAAACAGCAUGAACUGUAUCCGCAACAACUUUUACGUUGGUAUUCCUGACUUCCGCAAGUCGGCCCGCUGCCAGGUCAACGGCUACAUUCUCUUGGCGUUCACUAUUAUCAUUUGCGCCAUCAUCGCCAUCAAGUUCCUGUCUGCGCUGCAGUUCGGGUCGAAGCGCCGGCCUGCACCCCAGGACAAGUUUGUUAUCUGCCAGGUUCCCGCCUACACAGAGGGUGAAGACUCGCUCCGAAAGGCGCUUGACUCGCUCACGGCCCUGCAGUACGACAACAAGCGGAAGCUUAUCUGCGUCAUUUGUGAUGGUGUCAUCGUCGGUGAAGGCAACGACCGUCCUACGCCCAAGAUUGUUCUCGACAUUCUUGGUGUGGAUCCCAAGGUUGACCCUCCAGCUCUGCCCUUCAAGUCUGUUGGUACCGGCAACGAGCAGCUCAACUAUGGCAAGGUCUACUCGGGUCUGUACGAGUUCGAAGGCAACGUCGUCCCAUACAUUGUGAUUGUCAAGGUUGGCAAGGAGUCGGAGCAGGGCAAGGCCAAGCCCGGUAACCGUGGCAAGCGUGACUCCCAGAUUAUGGUCAUGAGCUUCCUUAACCGCGUCCACCACCGCUCUCCGAUGAACCCGCUCGAACUUGAAAUGUUCCACCAAAUCAACAACGUCAUUGGUGUUGACCCGGAGCUAUAUGAGUACUUGCUGAUGGUCGAUGCCGACACGUGUGUUCGUGAAGAUUCCCUGAACCGUCUUGUGGCUGCCUGCGCGAACGACGCCAAGAUCGCCGGUAUCUGUGGUGAAACCAGCUUGCAGAACGAAGAACGCUCAUGGUGGACCAUGAUUCAGGUGUAUGAGUACUUUAUCUCACAUCACAUGGCCAAGGCUUUCGAGUCGCUAUUCGGCAGUGUAACUUGUUUGCCCGGCUGGUACGUUGAAAUUCCCUGCUCCCCCCCUCCCUACCGAAUCAUAUUGAAAUCUCCAGUGUUCUAA